AUGGGCGAAGGCUGCCUCGAUCUGCACUUGACAUCUAAUCAAAGCAGUAUGGGAGGUGGUGAGAGAUACAACAUUCCAGAUCGCCCAGCACCUAAAAGGAGCCACCAGAUUGGAAGGGGCAAGCAAAGAAGUCUAGAUCAGAAUGGAGUGGUGCAUUCUGCCUCAGGAGCCUUAGGUGUGCCUCAUCACCGCAGGGGUGAGAAGGGCACCAACUAUUCUUGGUCUCCCGAGGCAUGGCAGGCCGUGUCUGUAGACAAAAAGAACGCCUCUGUUCGUUUUGCCACAACGUAUAAUCAGAAUUGGGAGGGUACCAUGUCCCAUCUGAACAAACUUUUGUCAGCUCAAUGUGGUCAGAACUAUGCUGGAGCCAAGUUUAGCGAGCCUCCGUCCCCAAGUGUGCUACCCAAGCCCCCGAGCCAUUGGGUGUCUCUUCCCAUGGGCCCAUGCGAUCACCGUGAGAUUAUGACCUUUCAGUUGAAGAGCCUCCUGAAGGUUCAGGCCUAAGCAGGUCUCUCAUUGCUGCUCUCUUUAAGCCAAUAUUUGAAAGAAGGCUCUGCUUUGGUCUCUUGCCCUCCCCUAGAAUGCUUCAGCGAUGUAAUAUAUUUUACAGCUAUUUUUAGAUUUGUGUCUUAAGGUAAUGACCAUUUGGCAGGAAGAUGCUUCUGCUAAUGUUCCGCACCUAUUUUUUUUUAAAGAGGAAAAACUAGUUAUUACGUCGCUGUGGCCUUAAGGGGUGGUUGAGAAUUCGUAGCUGAGUUAUAUGCCAUGACAAAUGAUGAACUGGGUGUCCUCCCUAAAUACUCAUUGCUCUGUUAUUAUUCUGUUUUGUUUUGUUCUUUUUUUGAUGGCUUUUUAAUUUUUUUUCAACCAGGCCUAGGAAUAGAUUUCCAGAUAUUCACACUCUUCCAAAAUGUUAUUUGUUUUGCUUGCUGAAGUUUAAUGCACACCCGUUGCUUGAGUUUUAAUCAUGUGAGGAGUUGCAGAAACCUCUUGGUGCUAAGCACAGCAGCAUUUUGUAGCGCUAUAGAGCAUUUCUAGGUUCUUUUUAUUUAGCUUUUGGGAAGUAAAAGCCACUUGACUUUGUUCUGCAUGGAGAAUGAUGCAAACAGUACGUGGAGGGGAGCAAGCUUAAGUGAACCAUAUGGUUUUGGUCAUAUAUGACUAACCUCAGGCCUAAUGAGGUGGCACAAUGGACCUUGUGCUUUCAACACCUGUACUUUUUUUUUAAUGGCGCUGCGCGCAUUGCACUAUAGGUGUUGAAAGUCACUAAAGUUCACAAGCUCUUUAUGCGUUUAACUUUUUGCAUCCCCUAUGUUAUAGCUUAGUAAAUUAAUGUGAUUGUAAUGUUUACCAAAGCUAGGCUAUGUAAUAAGCUUGUUUAGGUUGAAAUUACAUCUUGCUUGCCAGAUUUGGUUUCAAGUUCCAUAAAUCAUUGAGGAAUGCAUUAGCAUAAAUCAACAUUUUGUUUCUUUUGACAAAUCACUUUUGGAAUUCGUUUUUGAACAUUUGCUAUCAUUUUAGAAUGAUUGCACGGCAAUAAUGCGGAGGAGGUUUGUGGCUGCGAGACCACAGGAAGAGAUUUUUCUGGUCUUGUUUCAUGGCCUUGUUUGCUCUGUGAUACAUUUUAAUGUUAUGAGCAUUGUUAUGAAAUGCACGUAUCAUGACAUGGGGGACUUGAGACAUAGGGCAGAAGUCCAGCAUGGACAUGUUUACCUUGUUAAAAAGGCAGUACGGCAGCAUUUUACACGCACGGCCGUGUCGCACUUAUUUUUCUUGCACUGCUGUUCAUUUGUGUUUCGAAGUUUCAGACAAUGUUGUUCUUUCAACUGUGGAUAUGUGGUGAAGUGACCCCUUCCUACUUGGUUAUGAGUGUGGUGAAAACUACCUCUCUGGCAGAACGUGUUGUUAAUAGCCAUCGUAAAGAUGACAAAACAAAGCUGAUGAGUUUUGUGUGUAAUAGAGCCAUGUAAAUAAUGAAAUGUAUAAAAUGUUGUAGCAUAUUGUACAUUUGUGCAGGAAUAUUUAAAACCUGCUGAUAAAGUAUUUUUAGUAAUAACACUGAAUGUAUAAGUCAUGCUAAGGACGUGACUUGUUUUCAAAUGCUGAAGAAUAUUUUGUUAAGAAAAAAGAGAAAAUUUGCCUGUAGUGCAUCAAAACCCCUACACACUGUGAUUGUUGCCAGUGACCUUGCACAUAUUUUUUUAUUUUGUAUAAGUAUAAUGCACUGUGUAGGGGCAACAGCUUUAAAUGCAAAAAAAAAAAAAAAGAAAACAAACAUUUUGAAACUGAAAGGGACUUUUAUACAUUAAGUUGCCUAUGCAAAUACAGAUUGUUCUAAAUUUUACUAGGUUAUAACAGUCAUUUUUUUGCCCUUUUUCCAAGUUGAUUAAGUAGCAGACAUUUGCACCAAGACACUGGCCUUCCCUCCGCGAGGCUGAUGUUUGAGGCCAAUGAUGCUGUGGUUUACAUCCAGAAAUCCAAGAUUACAUUUUAAACUUUUAAAGUAUAAACUCAUUAUUUUAAUUGUAUGUGUAAAAGUCCUUUUCCUAAAUUUGACUGUAUCCCAAAUAAUUGGCUAUGAAUUUGUCCCAAACUUGAAAAUGUUGCUUAAAAGGAAACUGAAGACCCAUGUAAGAAUUGGUACAUACUAAAAGAUGUGAAAUUUGGUUGUCUAAAAAUAAAAAAUAAAUUUCCUUCCCUUCCCCCCAA